AUGUACUAUAUUCUCUACCUUGCGAGCCUUUGUCGACGCCGCCGCUGGCCAGAACCUCUGUACGAGUCCUACGCAGGUACAGGCGGAUACUCCUGCAUUGUGCGCGUCAACAACCGCGAAUACCAAACAGAUUCUGUGUGCGAAUCCGAGACCCUUGCCCGUGAGAAUGCGGCCAUGCGGGCGUACUUGAUUUGUCGGAACUUCUCCGUCAACGACGGCAUGUAUCCGGCGGGCCAUGACCACGGGGGUAUCGUACAGGGGACCCCGGUGGCCAUUGGUACGGGCCGGAAGACCCGCUACGUCGACGAUGCGGAUACCUCGACGAGCGGAGAGAGCAGAAGCGGUGGGAGUAGCCCAGAAAGCCAUGAGGGGAGCCGGCUCAGUCUCGACCGACGGACUCUGGGCCCAGCCAGGACACUCACCUUUAGCAGCCGGGCACGAUAA